AAAAUUUAACAACACUUGAAAAAUAUUAUCAAACAAAACCAUUCUAAAAAGCACGUAAUUCACAACUGCAACAGUUAAAUUCGUCGGAAGACUGCUUUGCUAUAGUCUGAAGAUAGGGUUUUCACAGGUGUCAACCAUUACGUCACUUUAUCGAAUUUUAAACCAAAAACUUCAUUAAAUCAUUUUCGCUACCUUUUAAGAUGAAAACAACACUGAUAUUUAUUCUGCUGCUGCAACUCACGAGAACCCAAUGGAUAGACCCCCAUAGCAUGGACACGAAUCACAAAAACAGACUGCCAAAUCAUUCACAGAAGACCUCUGAUGAACCCAUGCACAACCCCACAGCUGUCAAAGAAUGUGUCUCAGAUGUACACCUAAAACGACUAGUUCGUAUAAUUUUAAAUAGCGCUUAUUUAGAUAACGACAUUGGGUACCACGAAGGUUACAUAAAUAUUAAACUAACGACUGUCGAGCACCAGUUUUUGGUAAAUUUUUCUCAAAGUACUAAAACUGAGGACAAUAUUUUCAGUGAAGUCAGUUCCAUUUUUGAAAAUGCGCUUCACAAACCCGCAGCUGAGAGAUACCAAGAGCUAAUUUUAUCAAUGCAGGAAAGGAUAUAUGAAAUACUUUUUAAUCCAACUUCUACGGCUUUAAUUGGAUCUUUUCUUGCUUUAUAUCUGACUUAUAAGUUGUUAAAAGCGCAAUUUACCUGGAAGUCUAUUGUCAAGUACUUUUUAUUUUUGGCAUAUAUUGUUGACUGUUUUGUAACAUACUUGGCGAUUGUGCGGGAUGAAGAGAUCGACAAUAUGGUGAAUAUUAAAAAAUUAGGGACAGCGCCGCCUGAAUGUGACACAACAAAAAUGUCUUGGUGGAAUUUCCUAAAAACACAAGUUGCAUCCACUUUUGUGGAAAAUCCAUGCAAAGCGUAUUACCAAGCCACAUACAACAAUUACAUGUAUCUAAUUGCGCCGUCUAAGGUUUUAACACGACAAUUUCGAACUCUUGUGUUGGAGCCUUUCGGUGAUAUUGGAGAAGCCUUUGGGAGGUUUGGACGUAGCAUGUUCACAACAUUGCCAUGGGGUUUAAACGUGGUGUUAUUUCCUGUGAUGUUGGUAACCACAGUUGGGAUAGUAUUUAUUAUCUUUCUUUUUAUUACUAAGCCACAUUUUAAAGUCAGCUUAUUUCAUUUGUUUACAAUUGAAAUGGGGGAUUCUGCAACAAAUCAAGCUAUAGGAAAUUCCGAAAAUAUUCGAAGAGGGAUAGCAUUUACGCAAGGUCGCACUAGAAAUAGAAGGAUUCGUGGAAGAGAGGUAGGGUUGUCUACAAACCAUAGAGCUUUAGUUGAAGAGGUUUCAAAUAAUAAUUCUUCAAGUCGUGACGAAAAAGAGGUAAUUAAUAAGGAAAAACAAAUAGAUAAGGGAAAACAGACUGCAAUUAAGAAUGAAGGUGCUAAAAAUGGUGAAUUAAGUUCCGAGACCGUUGAAAUGGCGACUUCGUAAAUUUUAAAUUUUUAACAGUUGUUUCAAAAUGUGCUCUCGUCGUGAUUUGUGACAUGUAUUAUUUUUAUUUUGUUAAGGUAUUAAUUAUUCAGCCAUGUACAAUGUAUUUAUAAGUCAAAACAAACUUUGUUAGCUUGCUAAUGUAACAUAAGUGUAAAUGGUUUAUAUUUUUCUGAACAGUGGAUAAUAUAUUUAAUUAUUUUAUUAA